GUGCGCGGAACGGCGGCCUGCGACGCGACGGAGCCCGCCUCCUCAGCAGCGCUUAGCGCAGAAGCGCUGUCCUUCGUAUUAGGGCUAGGAGACGCGCACUCCACAGUCGCACUCAUCUGCUCUACAUUAUCCAUCGUAUGUCAUCGUCAAAUCACUCUUUCCGCGAUAUAAAUCGUGGGGCCUUUGCUUCACGUCCCAGCAGAAGGAAUUGCGGAUUCGGCCAACAUGCACAAACAGACUAGCGAAAAAUGUCUACCCCAAACAAGACACCCCCUGGUGCCGACCCCAAGCAGUUGGAAAGGACGGGGACAGUCCGAGAAAUAGGAUCCCAAGCUGUCUGGUCACUUUCAUCCUGUAAACCAGGAUUUGGAGUGGAUCAGUUACGAGAUGAUAAUCUAGAAACCUACUGGCAGUCUGAUGGGUCACAGCCUCAUCUGGUGAACAUCCAAUUUAGAAGAAAAACCACAGUGAAGACGUUAUGUAUUUACGCAGACUACAAAUCAGAUGAAAGCUACACUCCAAGCAAGAUAUCUGUCAGAGUAGGAAACAACUUUCACAACCUUCAAGAAAUCCGUCAACUUGAAUUAGUGGAACCCAGUGGGUGGAUUCAUGUUCCUCUAACUGAUGCUCAUAAGAAGCCAAUUCGCACAUUUAUGAUACAGAUUGCUGUUUUAGCUAAUCAUCAAAAUGGAAGAGACACUCACAUGAGACAGAUUAAAGUAUAUACUCCCGUGGAAGAGAGCUCUAUUGGUAAAUUUCCUAGAUGCACAACGAUUGAUUUCAUGAUGUAUCGCUCAAUAAGGUGAAUCUUUUUUUGAAACAGGAAGUCAUCAGAGAAAAAGGCCCCGUUUUCUUUCUUAACUAUCAGUUUCAGUUUUCUUGAAAUCAUGUUUGUAAUUUUACAUGUACAUUUUUUGUUUU